GCAGGGCACAUUAUCCUAUAAAAGGCCGGCUGGCCGCUGACUUCACAUCAGACCAGAGCAACCAGACAACCUGUUUGCUGCAUACCAGGGUCAGCCUCCUCUGAAGCAUGAGUUCUCAUCAGCAGAAGCAGCCUUGCACCCCUCCCCCUCAGCCUCAGCAGCAGCAGGUGAAACAGCCCUGCCAGCCACCACCCCAGGAAUCAUGUGUCCCCAAAACCAAUGAGCCAUGCCACCCCAAGCCUCCAGAGCCCUGCCACCCCAAGGCUCCAGAGCCCUGCCACCCCAAGGCUCCAGAGCCUUGCCAUCCCAAAGCACCAGAAUCCUGCCACCCCAAGGUUCCUGAGCCAUGUCCCUCAACAGUCACUCCAGCACCAGCUCAGCAGAAGACCAAGCAGAAGUAAUGGGGUCUACCGCCAAGCAAACCCUUGGGAAGCUGACCACCGGAUGCUGAAUCCCCUCUCACAUUCUGCUUCUAUGCCUUCCUUACAAUUAGCAUGCUGCCACUCUGAGUCAUAACCCUCCCUCUUUGCACCCUCUACAAAGAUUUCCCUCACACUGCUCUGGAGGGCUCCGAGCCUCUAAAUGACGCUGAGAGUCUCACUGGCUGAGCUACUUUUCUAACUUCUCAGGGCUCAUCUAAAGAGAGGUUUGGGGGAUCAAGUGGAUCUUUCCUGC